GGAUCCAGUCGUUGUCCCCGUUGCCAUUCCUCCCCACAGUUCAGUCAGUCCUUCAUAUCGAUAUCAAUUCAGGUCUUUGGUUGACUUGCGCAAAUGUUAUAAUAUUCCAUUGAUACCAUUGUCUUCUGCCGGGUAGAAGAGACAAUCUCUAUCUUCCAACACAGAUCAGAUAGAUGGCUCUUCAAUCGUGGCUAUAACCAACUGCCUUCUGCCCACGUCUGCAUUCGGUCAAUCAUUUGGUUCCAUUGUGAUAUGCGUAGGCAUAUAACAUAUCCCCACUGCCAGUGAAGGACAGCUAGUGAAUCAGGGGAGAAAAACUCCAUCUUUCCUGCGACAUUCGAGACGUUUACUGCAUAUUAAACUUACUGUACUUAUAAAUCCAACCGCAAAAAAUCAUCAGCCACGACUGCAUCCCUUCAAAUCUUAAUUUUACUUCCACACGUCUCAUUUGCAAAACAAUGAAAACCUCAUUUUGUUGUUCAAGUAAAAUAGGGCGCAUUUACAAUGGCUGAUUCUCCCAAGGACAAGACUCGUCCCUCUUUGAAAACGAAACUCGUACGCUCACAGAAAAUCAUACAAUUAUCUCCAACAGAGACAAGACCUCAGGAUAUUCCUGAGGAUUGCGAACCACCACCGCCAUCUCGAGAGAAUGCGCCGCCUCCUCCUCCUCGCAGCCAUACCCCGGGACAUCUAUCGACCAAGAGUCAAGAUAGGCGGAAGCAGAAAUCCGAUCUAGCUUUGCGCCAGAGAUCACAGUCAUUAUCGCAAAAAGAAUCCUCAGCUUCAUCUAUCAAAACAACGGCCGAGAAACCACCCUCGCUACAGCAUGUUAGCAGUACAUCCACCCCCCCGGAGAAACUCCUGUCACCAUCCGAAAACAGUAAUCCAGUACCGCAGCUUCCCAAAGAUGAUACCCAUAAACCCAUUAAUCUUCGUUCCACGUCUGCCAUAACACCGAAAGUACCUUCCUCCGCAAAUUCGUCUUCUCCUGUACCGCCCGUACAGCGUCCGCCUCGUGGUCUUUCUAUUCCAUACCCAUCAUUGCCAGAUCCUAAACUGGCACCCAAUGUUCUUCCUGCACCAGCAUCAGGAAUGUACUGGUCUCGCGCCCCUGUUUCGGGUUCGUCCCAUACGUCUUUGCGGGCACAUACAUCCACACUUAUUGGUUCUAAUAUCUACGUUUUUGGCGGAUGUGAUGCACGUUCAUGUUUCAAUGAAUUAUAUGUCUUAGAUGCCGAUGCUUUUUACUGGUCUACGCCCUUUGUUUGCGGAGAUAUACCGGCUCCUUUACGAGCAAUGACGUGCACAGCUGUGGGAAAGAAAUUGAUAGUGUUUGGUGGUGGGGAUGGACCUGCAUACUACAACGACAUAUAUGUACUCGACACAUUAAAUUUUCGAUGGUCGAAACCGCGAAUAUCUGGGGAGAAGAUACCAAGCAAGCGAAGAGCUCACACGGCAUGUUUGUAUAAAAAUGGAAUAUAUGUUUUUGGUGGCGGAGAUGGGGUGCGGGCGUUGAACGACGUGUGGAGGUUAGACGUUGCGGAUACGAACAAAAUGUCUUGGAAGCUCGUUUCUGCCCCGACGCCAUCAUCUGUCGACGAUAGAACUAAGCCGAAAGCUCGCGGGUAUCAUACAGCAAAUAUUGUUGGGUCUAAGCUUAUUAUAUUUGGUGGAUCAGACGGUGGGGAAUGCUUCCGAGAUGUAUGGGUAUUCGAUAUUGAGACGUCGACUUUUUCACCGGUCAAUAUUUCACUUUCAUAUCCGCGAUUGAGCCAUACUGCUACUAUUGUAGGAAGCUAUCUGUUUGUAAUAGGUGGACACGAUGGCGUUGAAUAUUCGAAUGAAGUGCUACUCUUAAAUCUCGUCACUAUGGCCUGGGAUAAACGGAAAGUCUACGGAGAGCCCAUUAAGGCUCGCGGUUAUCAUGGAACGGUGCUUCACGAUAGUAGACUCAUGGUAAUAGGAGGCUUUGAUGGGGGAGAUGUGUUCGGAGAUGUAUGGUUGUUGGAGCUGGCGGUGCAUGCAUAUUACAGUCAAAUUAGUCAUUUUAGCAUCGAUGUUUAGCGAUAGAGUUGGAAAGGGGGAGCGGAAAGGAAAAGGUGUUUGCGGUUUUGUCUUUGUCUUGCGAGCGUACGAACGAUGUCAUGAAAUCUGUAUGAUUAAUAUAAUACCAUGGUUAUCGAUUAUUACCUUCUCUCUUUUGCAAAACCAAGUGGUAUUCACCUAUGCCUUAACCGAAAUUUAAAGUGGACAAAUUUCUCGGAUCCUUAACCUCAAACUAAUGUCGGCACAAGAUGUAUGGAGUUACACAUGAAUCAAUCCGUUUGAAGCCUUGUAGAUAGUUUUGAAUGGUGAUGUUUUAAUGGAGGAGAAAGCAUGCAGGUCGCCAUAUUCCGGUCAAAUCAAAAGCUCCAAACAUCCUUCCGAAGCCUUGUAGUCAAUGUUAAUGGUAAUAUGAUUAAGUAGACA